AUGGUUGGUACACGGAAGCAGAAUUAGUCAAAAGCUCCAACCUGUCAAUCUGUCUACACGGAGAGAGUCGAGAGCUGAAAGGAGACAGAAUAAACACACUUGUUUUCGGUUUUUAAUCAUUUUCCAGACACGAUGCGGACUGCUUUCCUGCUGCUCACAACAUGUCUGUGUGUCUGCUUGGUCAGAGGUGUGCCAGUAGAUACAGCAACAGGACCCACUUCAGUAGAGAAAACCCCAAACGUAGCUGCUUUUACUGUAAUUGAAGAUACAGGUAGUGUCAGAAGAAAACCAGAAGAAAAUGAAGCAAAACUCACAGUAAAGCCAGAAGUGGAAAAAGUGUCAGAUGUGGCCAAACCGUCUAACGAAACCAAACAGGCUGAGGGGGAUUCUGACAAGAAAGGACAAGAUGACAACGUGAAGAAACCAGUAGAAACCACAAAAACGGCAAGUGAGGAAAGCGACGAUGAGAAAAACAGCAAGAAAGUGACCGAUGAGAAUAGCCAGGACCCUGGAAAAGAGAAGAAAAAUGAGACACCACCCACUGUUAAGCCUGCAACCACAACAAUAUCCGUGAAAGGAGAACCUACAAAAAAUGAAGAUGACGCUGGCAAUCUUGACCUGUUAUCCAAGGGAGAAGUAGAUAACACCAAGAACAACAAGCCAGGAGACAAAGGCAAUGCGAAUGAAUCAUUAGACGGCGCAAAUAAGAAACAAAUGGAAGAGAAAACCCCGUAUGAUCAAUCUGAUAUCAAGGAUGUAGCGGAGAGCAGUCAUUUCUUUGCCUACCUUGUCUGUACAGCUGUGCUCGUGGCAGGGCUUUACAUCACCUACCACAACAAACGGAAGAUCUUUGCCUUUCUUUUGGAAGGAAAGAAAUACAGAUCUGCUCGUCGACCUAAAUCCGGAGACUACCAGAAGCUGGACCAGAAUAUGUAAUCUUAAGUCAUGAUCUGGAAGCCAUUGCCUUGAGCUGCUGAAAAAAACUAGGGGUGUGUGUAAGAGGGUGAAUGGAUACUGGCGUUAUAUAUUUUCCUGGUUCUCUCUGCGUCGACUCCACCUUUGGAUAAAUUGACAUUAUUUUAUUCUAUACCAAUAGAUGCUUAUCACGUGACUAUGCAGAUGAAACUGUUGCCUUAUCGAGGGAAUUAGUGAGAUGCAGUGAAGGUAAAAUAAGCAUGCUGUUAUUGCACUUGUGUCAUUAUUCCACUUUAAAAGCGAUGUUGUCAUUUGACCUGACUAAGGUUCGGACUCAGGAUAUUUAGGUAGCAGACAACAUUAUUAUCUGUUUGGAUUCCAGAUGUGUAUGUACAGUGCAUUACUGCACUGUGCACUAAAUAAGCCAUUUGUAAAUUACUGUCCGUGUACAAUUUAUUUGAGGUUAAAUGUCUCUGAGAAAAUAUAACAAGAGUUUUAGUUGAAUGUAACCUUUACUUUCCAAGUGAGAUGCUUGGACAAUAACAAUGCUCUCCCACUUGAACUGCCUAACGUUUGAUACUUAUUCAGUCUGUGCUUGAAGCAGUCCAUUUUGGAAAGGCUGUACUUUGCUUUCUUGCUAAGAGUUAUGUAAGAAGAUCAAUACCACUCUAAAACAUUUCCAGUAAAUAUGGCAAAAGGUUAGAUUAGCAUAGCAUACGUACUGGAAACAGAAAAACAGACAGCAUGGCUCUGUCAAAAGUAAUACAAUACCACUCUCUAGUAGCUUUUUAAAGCUCACUUUCACUCUUUUCAUCUAACUUUUAGCUAGAAAGGGAACUAUCAUAUCUCCCAAAAGGUUUAACCAGCUCCUAAGAUAAAGGAAUAUUGUGUUGACUGCUGUCAGGGCUGAGUUUGCCUCUUAAUUGAUCCGCAAUGAAAACAUGCAUAACUUGCAUUGCUGGAAGCUGUCUGUCUGGUUCUGUAGCUUCCUCUUUUGAUGAAUAUGUCUUACCUGUUACACUCGUUGCUUUGCAUGAAACUGUAGCCUGAUAUGUUGUAACCUUUAAAACAGUUUUGAAAGAGGAACUGUGGACAGGUGAUUCAUUGCUUUGAGUGUGCUAUUGGAAUACACGUGUCUGGGGAUAGUAGACCACUAUUGCAUUAGAUAAAAUUGUUCCGUUAGGGUAGAUGUGUGUGUGUGUGUGUGUGUGUGAGUGUCUUGUGCCAAAUUGUGAACUAAUUUACUGUGAUUCAAUGUGGGGUUCUUUUGUUGUGCCUGUUUCCUAACUUAAGACUAUAUUUGUACCGGUUGAGGGUUAUCAUUUAUUUAAAAAAUGCUAUCUGGAAAAAGGAAGAAAAAUCUAAUCUAAUUGUUUCUUGGAAGAAUCAAAGUCCAUAUGAUGUCCCAAAAUAUAUUUUUUUAUUGUUACAUUUGCAAAGAAAAACGCAACAUCUUUUAAUUAAUUAGCUCUUUUCAUGAGUAAAAAUGUGUUUAGAAAAAACAUAAUUGAUUCAUCCUAGUCUGGCAGUAAGCAUGAAACGGCAUGUUUUCAAGAUGUUUAAUGAACAUAUUAGCUACAUGAAUAGGUAUUUAUUUCAGUUUGUUAGGCCUUGCUGUCCAUAUGAAAACAUCAUGUUGUCAAUCAAGUGUUUAUUGCAACAUUUUGCGUCCAAUUAAUCGAUUGAGAUGUGUUUUUGAUUCGAAAAUAAAAGCUUUUUGUACUUUA